CACAAGAAAAAGACCCGCCUACAAUCAUGUAUGGUUGAGCGAGCUAGGCGUUGUUAGCAAAGAAAGACUGUCAGAUUACUUUGCUGGCUAGCGGGGCUGGGAUAUCUGUCUCUUCUGGUUGUUUUGACGGAAAAUGGCUAGCUACAGACAGACCUGGCGUCGACUGGUGCCAUAGCAUGCGGCGAGGCUGGCAGCGACGCGUUUUUCCUUUGUCCUCCCUAUGAGUAAUGAACACUUUCUGGACAAUGUCUGCAAACGCCAGUCGUAAGCGAUCCGACAGCGAGGAUAAAGUCGGGCAGGGCGAGCCGAAGACGAGCCCCCCCCGAGCGCCUUUAGGCAAGAAGCAGCUGCCCUCCAUCCCCAAGAACGCCGUCCCCGUCACCAAGCACGCGUCGGGGCAACUGGCCAACGGGACCCACGCCUCCUACGGGCCCUUCUACCUGGAGUACUCCCUCCUGGCGGAGUUCACGCUGGUGAUAAAGCAGAAAUUGCCCGGGAUAUAUGUCCAGCCUUCCUACAGAUCAGCACUGAUGUGGUUUGGGGUUAUUUUUAUAAGACACGGCUUGUACCAGGACGGGGUCUUCAAGUUCACGGUAUACAUCCCAGAUAACUACCCUGAUGGUGAAUGCCCGAGAGUGGUGUUCGACAUCCCAGUUUUCCAUCCUUUGGUGGAUCCGGUGUCAGGAGAGCUGGACGUCAGGAGAGCCUUUACCAAAUGGAGGCGGAAUCACAAUCACAUCUGGCAGGUUCUGAUGUACGCCCGCACCAUCUUCUACAAGAUCAGCACCGUGGAGCCGCUCAACCCCGAGGCCGCCGUGCUGUACGACAAAGAUGUCCAGCUAUUCAAAAGCAAGGUGGUGGACAGCGUGAAACUAUGCAACAGUCAUCUUUUUGACCAGCCCAAGAUGGACGAUCCGUAUGCAAUAAGUUUCUCUCCGUGGAACCCAGCUGUCCACGAUGAAGCAAAGGAGAAGAUGUUCACAUAUAAAAGACGGCCGGAGGAUCACCAUAAGGGGCUACAAGUGUCUGGACUGUCCUGGGUAAAGCCGGGAUCUACACAGCCCUUCAGCAAAGAGGACAGCACUCUCCAGACAUGAGCCUGCAGUCCAACCUGUUCUCCACUAGAGGGUGCUGCCAGAGCAAGAGACCUGACAGGCUUGCAGAAUAUGUAAACCGAAUCUGAACCAGCUGUAUGGACUUAAUUUGCGCCUUUCUCGCUCAGCUUUAAAUGAACUUUAGGUUUCUGCUCAGAAAGUAGAAUUAAAUGGCUUUUGUGUAAUCCGUGUAAAUCGAUAGCUACAAGCUUGGAUGUUGAAGCUAGUCCUAGGUAAGGUCAACCAUUUGCAGGUUGAUUCAGGAUUGAGGAAUGUAACUGACAGGUCAUGAUGGCAUUUGAGUUGAUCGGAAUGUGAGAUCACACAACCAUUUUUUUGCUCAGAACUGUGUUGAAUUGGAUCUUCAGCAAAACGAAUGAGACGUUAACACUACGCAUUUUAAAUUUAAUUUUUGUUUUUUUAGAAAUAUUUUUCUUAAUUCAGCCAUAUUGUGUAUUACGUCUUAAAUAGUUUUAAUAUAUACUGACAGAUCAGGUUUUAAGAUGUAUAAUAUUAUACAUAUAAGUAGCUUUGUUUGUUUCCAUAUUGUACAUAUGGUACUGAUGGAUCAAGUGUAAGGUGCAUAAUAUUAUACAUAUUAGUAACUGAGUUAAUUUCCAUAUUAUAAUUAAUAUUUUAAUUCAUCUUGAAUGUGUUCAUGAUCUUUAUUUUUAAUAAAUCAGUAAAUCGUUUUGUUGUGUAAAUAUACUGAACAGUUUGGUGUACAUGCCUGAGUCCGUCUAAAUGUGGCUGAAAUAUGCAGUUUUUACUCUGUUUGUCUAUUUAUAUUCAGCUGGAGUUAGACAAACAUUCAUUUAGAAGUUUUCUUCUUCACUUGACGAGUUGACGCCAUUUGCUUCUGGACUGGUGAACAUACCGAACAGUUGUUUUAGUUUAGCAUCGCACUUAUUUUUCCCCCCAAGGUAAAUGACUUCAGACGAACAACAUGCCAUACCAUAAAGGUAAUAAGUGUUUUUAAAAAUCAAUAAAUGACUCAUGAAGUUGA